UGUUCCUGCACGAGCUCUCCUCAACCAUUCGUCCCCACAGCCACCCCUCGCCGACGCCUACCAGCGCGCUCGCGACACGAUGGCCGCCUCGCAGCAGCAGAUCAUGGUUGCCGAAACCAUUCGGGCCAUGAAGUUGGCCAUGAAGCGACGCGCCAGCGACAGCGAAAGCGACGGAGACAUUCGACAGCACACGAACCGGGGCAACAAACUGCGACGAGGCGCGAAAAAUGUGCAGAAAGACCGCCUCGAUGACACCGGCGGCUUGUCAUAUCGCAAGAAAGUGAACCACGCUGGCUAUUUGCGACACACGAUUGCUGCGAAUCCUGCCUACCUCGACGAAGAUGGUGACCCAUACUCCCCCACAUCGUCGGAUCACGAAAACGAGCGCUAUGGGGAAUUGGCUGACGACAACCCAUUUGGCGAAGUGCAGCUGGAGUCGCUGCUGCGUCCAUUGACGUCUGCGGCCGAGCUGGCAGACCAUCCUAGUCUGAGCAUCCCAUAUAAGAGCAAGGGAUUGACGCAUAUGGCUGAAGAAGCGUGUGCGAUGCUCAGGCGAGAAAGAGCGAGGUUGUGGAAAGCUAAAAGACUGCUUCAGCGCUUCCGGGGCGAUGCGGAUUGGGUUCCCUCGCAGACAUUUGAGGCCGAGAGUGACAACGCGCUCCUCACGGGAGAAGAGGUGGUGCCGGAUAUGCUGGCGGACCAUCACAUGUUCACACUGGAGCCAGCGACUGCAGCCCAAGCUGUUGACCAGCUGGAUCCUGUGAAGCCUUUUGUUCGUGCCAAUGGCGACACUGAAAAUGCGAGCGAGACAAUGGAGGGCGUGGUCACGCAUGAUAUGGCGGCAGACACGACCGAAGCCGCCAGCGCAGAUGCGCACCGCGAAGUCUCCGACCAAGUACCAUCGCAGGUCGCCAAUGGUGACAUCGCCAUGAAUUCGGACGUACUGCCAGCAGAGAUCCACGAUCAGGCGGAGAGCAUACCCAAUCCCACGAUUGCCAACAUUGCCGAUGGCGAGGCAGCGUCCGAAACAGCUUCACAAUCGAACGGCACCGAACGGCACGCCAUGACGACCCGUGCUCGAGCACGCUCGCCUGCGGGCCGAAGUGACCGCACUUCAUCCCCCUCGCCCAGCGAAUCCGCCUCGGUGCCUGCAAUUCACCCAUGGUUUGUUGCGCCUGCAUCAUCGCUGCCUGAUCGUGAUCUCGGUCUUCCUGCGCAGGAAGCGGAAGAGACUAGAAAAUUGUUGUUGCUGUACGUGCAGAAGCAAGAGCAGGUGGUGCGGUCGCUGGAUACCUUGCAUGCAGGAUUGCAAAGGGCAGACAGACUGCGAUCGUACGUGUACAGGUGCUGCAAAGCCGAAGGCCAUGUGAUCCACGACGGCAAGGGCAAUGCAGUGACGGAGAUGAGUGAUGGCGAGGAUUGGUAUGACGUGACAGACUGGGGUUUGCAGUCUUGGGAGUUGAAGGAUGGGAAGCUGGAGAAGGGCAAGGAUGAAGUCGAAGAUGUGGAAGAGGAAAGAGGCCGACGACCUGGACGAGGGAGGAGAGUGAAUAGGAUAUGACAUCUUGACGACGCAUUGGCGAAUAGAGUCCUGAGGACAAUUCAUGCACAGAGUACAGUAGAGCAAUGUCGGUCGCUCACGUACCUUCGCGCCUCGCUGCGGAAAGCACUCACCA